AUGGUGAUUAUUUCGGUCGGCAACGACAAUGAAAGACUUGCUCAAGCUCCAACAUCCCAAGCUUCCUUGGAUCCUAGCCAGAAAUUACAAUGCCAUUUGAUAACAAGCCCAACAUCUCAGGUUGAUUCUAUCGAUUAUCCCGAGGGUGGCGGUGAGGCCUGGCUAGUGGUACUGGGUGCAUUUUGCGGCUUAGCGGCAUCAUUGGGGAUGUACAACACAAUAGGCGUCUUCGAUGCUAUCAUCUCCAUAGAGAUAUUGCCAGAUGUCUCUUCUUCCACCAUAGGAUGGGUUUUCUCAGUCUAUGCCUUCAUCGUGUGGAUUUGUGGAGUACAAAUCGGUCCAACAUUUGACGCAAUGGGUCCUCGGGCACUGAUUCUCGCCGGGAGCAUUUGCACAAUAAUUGAAUACUAUCAGUUUUUUCUCGCACUCUCGAUCCUCACAGGAAUCGGCUCCUCCCUUCUCCUUACCCUGUCCAUGGCUUGUGUCGCCCAUUGA